GACACAAUUCCAUACAUACAAAAUGGGGAUUAGAGUAACUCUUUGCAUUGUGCUUGUAGCCUUUCUCGUAGCCAAAGUCAGUUGCCAAAGUGGUUCCAACGUAAAAGCAACUUAUCAUAUCUACAAUCCUGCCCAAAAUAAUUGGGAUUUGAAUGCUGUCAGUGCUUACUGCUCGACCUGGGAUGCCGGCAAGCCCAUCGAAUGGCGCCGGAAAUACGGAUGGACAGCUUUUUGCCAUCCUACUCCUCAAGGACAAGCUGCUUGUGGCAAGUGCUUAAGGGUGACGAAUACCGGGACCGGAAAUCAAGUGACGGUGAGAGUAGUUGAUCAGUGUAACAACGGAGGGUUGGACUUAGACGAAGGUGUUUUCCGGCAGAUAGACACCAACGGACAGGGUAUUGCUAGAGGACAUCUUAUUGUCAACUACCAGUUUGUCAAUUGUGGUGACUGAAGAACUCAUGUCCUUUAAUUUGUAGAAGCAUUAAGUUACCUAUUAAUUAACUAAUUAGAAUAAGCUUCUACUGUAAGUAAUGAUUUCAUCAAUAAGAAAAUUCUCAAUAAUAUUUACAUA